AUUCCUUUGGACUAAAAAAGAGUUUGUACUGCUUUUUCUCUUAACUGUAGAAGGAUUUAUACUAUUUAGUAGUGACACACAAGACUCACCAAAGAGUUUGACCAAUGCAUCAAAUUAUUAGGACUGCUUCCUAACAACCCACAUGAACCUACUCAUUGCCAACUGCUUAAAAUGCACCUGUUCGGCCAAAACUAAAGCUUGUCCAAAUUUUGCUAUUCUUAGCUAACUCACCAAUUCUAAACACGUCGAGACUCUAGAAAAAAACAUUGGUGGGUUAGUUAAGAAUGGCAAAAUUUCAAAUUUACAAACAGUCAUAUGACUCUUCAACGUAUAAAAAAAAUCAUUUCGAAUAGUAAUUGAAAAUAAUUGUAACUGUAGUUAAAUUCGAACCUGGAUAUAUAAUGUAGCAGUUUCACAAAACGUAAAUCAUCCUUUGCAAAUCUCUUGUAUAUUUGCAUACUUUUAGUUCAAAUUUCACUGAAACAUAUCAUUUCUUUGAUCGGUUGAUCUAGCAAGCUUUUUUUGUUUUUGAUAGAUUACAAAACAUGUCAAAACUAAAUUAUCAUAACACUAUUUUAAAAUUUUCUUAUUUAUGUGUAUUUAUAUGAACAAAGAACAAGUUGUUUUAUAUUUAUAUGAAAAAUAUAAAUCAAAAUAGUAAAAAGAAUCAGUUGUUUUCUAGUCGAGAAAAGAGAGCAUCUAAUGAGAAUGUGUGAAGCUUAUGCAAAUAGUUGCAGUCAAGAAAAAGAUAAACCUAAAGAGCUUUGUUUGAGUACAAAGCAAGCAAAAGUUUAAGACAAAACAACUUUCCUCUCUGAUAAUAUUUUCAUUCUCAAGCAAGCAUAUAUGCCCAUUGUCAUCCAUAUGUGUGCAUAUCCUUGUACUAUACUUUUUUGUUUAAAGUGUUAAAAUCAAUCAAAAAUGUUAAAAUAGUUUUAAUAUUUAGUUAUAAGAAUAUAAACAUCUAAUUUCUGAAGUAAAGUGAGUCUUGGAAGACAGCAAAGUGAGCUGCUAAAGGACCAAUCUUUAUGAGAAAGACAACAGAACCUUAUAUCCUUCCACAGGUUGCCUUGCAUGAUUCUAGAGUUUUGUGUUUUGUUUUCUACACAUGCAUAUGACACACACACACACACAAGAUAUAUAUAGAAAGGGCGAGGAGACAAGAUAGAUAUUCAAGUUACAUUGCUACUGUUUCUUUUUCUUCUUGGCAGUGUAGUUGGUUUUAGUUUAAAAGAUUUAGCGCUCUUCUGGUGUUCAUCUUAAAACCCAUGGAAUCAAGUAGAGCUCUCACCACCGUUUGCAUUCUCCUUUGUCUCUUUCUCUCAGCCAGCUUCUCCACUCAUUCUGUAGUAGAUGCAAGAAAGCUUGUGGGAUUUGAGAGAGACUCAAAGAAGAAGCCAAAGAAGAUGAUCAUCAAAGCAUUCAAGCACACAACACUGUUAGAGAAAAUGAUGACACAACUCAAUCUAGCUCAACCUUUGGAAUAUUCAACAACAUCCUCAAACACUCAACCUUAUGGUGUUAGCACAACUCUCACUCUACCUCCCUAUGCUUCACUUCCUCCACUUCCAGUUCCCGGAAAUGCCCCUCCUUUUUGUGUUAAUCCCCCAAAUACUCCUUUAAACUCACCUCCCUCCAUCUCCAGUCCUGGACUUAACCCACCUCCCGGCCCAAUCACUGUACCCAACCCACCUGAAUCAUCUUCUAACCCGAACUCAAAUCCAAACCCACCCGAUUCCACCUCAAACCCAAACUCAAACCCAAACCCACCUGAAUCAUCUUCUAAUCCCAACCCACCAGAUUCCUCCUCUAACCCAAACCCACCUGUUACAAUCCCUAGUCCACCUGAAUCAUCCUCUAACCCAAACCCACCAGAAUCAUCAUCAAACCCAAACCCACCCAUUACCGUCCCAUAUCCACCUGAAUCUUCUAGUCCAAACCCGCCAGAAACAGUUCCUAGUCCUCCUGAAUCCGGUCAUACACCAGGCCCAUCAGGACCCAUUUCAGGUCCACCUUACAACGAGCCAAGCCCAUCAACCCCAACCGACACUCCUACAACAUCCGGUAAUCUUCCAGGCCCAUCGACCCCGACCAACACUCCAACACCGUCCGGUAAUCUUCCAUCCCCAACCGGAUCAGUUCCAACCCCAUCAUCGGGGUUUUUACCUCCAAUUGUCUAUCCACCGCCUAUGGUACCACCGCCGUCAAGCAUGACUCCGACCUCAGCUUACUGGUGCGUGGCUAAGCCCACAGUGCCUGACCCAAUUAUCCAAGAAGCUAUGAAUUUUGCUUGUGGGUCAGGAGCAGAUUGUCAUUCAAUUCAGCCCAAUGGACCUUGCUUCAAACCCAAUACAUUGUGGGCACAUGCUUCAUUCGCCUUCAAUAGCUAUUGGCAGCGGACCAAAAGCUCUGGCGGGUCCUGUACAUUCGGCGGCACCGGCAUGCUUGUUACUGUCGACCCAAGCUAUAAUGGGUGCCAUUUUGAUUUCUUCUGAUGCAUGGAGACUGAAGACGUCUCUCGCUUUUUUAUAUUUUUCAUCUUUUUGUGGAUACGAAUAAUAUCAAAUAUGUUUUGAUAUAUAUCUAUUUAAUAUGUUAGGUGGGUCUCGCACUUGUAAGUUGUAACCCUUAAAAUGCUAUACAAAUACACUAAUUUCCUCCGAAAUGGCAUAAGCACAUAA